GCCUUCAGAUUAGCUUUCAGAACGUCACUUCCUCCUCCCUCCUGCUGUUACUUUAUGUGAAAUCGCGGGUGUUUACAUUUGUUAUUUGGCGUGAAGAAACAGGGUCGUGUUCGUAAGGUCGGCUAUUUUAAAAGCAAUCGCUAAACAAGCUCGAUUAUGACAGUGUUUUAAUUGUGUUAAUGUGUUUGGCGCACAUCGCAUAGGAUAGGCUACUACUUUCGAUUUCCUUGGAUUUCGUGGAAACUGAAACGAACAUAAACGGGAGCGCAAUGGAUAAUGGAUUGUACAUGCCAGCUAAAAUACAAGAGGAUCAUUUCAACAAAAUCAAGGAUGUGUUUGCCUCUGAAAGCCCUAAAGAAAUCCCCCACCGGCUUAUGGCUCUUUUGGAGGUUUUUGACCAUUUUAAGAUAGAUAUCGCUGUGACUGGAGAGUCUGGUGCAGGAAAGUCUUCUCUUAUCAAUGCGAUCCUCGGAUUGAAUCCUGAUGACACUGGGGCUGCUCCAACUGGAGCUGUGGAAACCACAAAGCAAGCAACCAUGUACCAGCAUCCAAAUCUCCCACACGUCAGACUGUGGGAUCUUCCAGGGAUGGGCACCCCUUCCUUUGCAUCCAAGAGUUAUGUAAAGACAAUGAACUUUGACCUAUAUGACAUGUUCAUGGUUGUGAUAUCAGAGAGAGUCAGAGAAAACAACAUGCUGUUGAUUGAUGAAAUUGAGCAACGAAAGAAGCCAUUUUAUUUCAUUAGAACAAAAAUUGAUAAUGAUGUGCGUAGAAAGAAAAGCAAAGUUUCUAGAAUACAUGCAUUGGAUCAAAUGAGACAAGACUGUGAGAAAUAUCUGAAGGAGAAGAAACUAGACCCGCAUGUGUUCCUAGUGUCAUCACAUGACACAGAAAAUUAUGAGAUGAAGAAGCUCAUGGACACUUUUAAGGAUGAGGUUUCUCAACUUAGAGCAGAGAUAUUUUCAGAUUUUCUGGACAAGAUGUUACAUGGAGGAUGGCUAAAGGCAAGGUAUGCUACAAAUCACAUCCAACAGACUGGGAAACUUGAAACAGAGGACAUCACAGCAUUGCAGGAUAUGUAUAAGCGCACAGGCUUUGGAGCUGCGAAAGUCAGCGUUGUUUUGGAGGCUUUGAGUCGCUUUCAGCUGGAUGUUGCAGUUUUGGGUGAGACAGGCUCUGGAGCGUCCACUUUGGUAAAUGCCUUAAUUGGGCUGAAGAAUGAAGAGUGUGGUGCAGCUUCAGAAUCCAUCAGCAACCCAGCAAUGAGUCUGGGAUACCCAGAUGUCCGGUUCUGGGACAUAUCCGGCAUAGAGGCACUCAUGGAUUACUCAAUGUAUGAGAUGAAACAAGACUUGAAUUGUUAUGACUUCUAUAUCAUCAUUGUAUCAGACUGGCAGAAAGCACGACAUUUAAAACUAGCCAAAGCAGUUGAAGAAUUAAGGAAACAUUACCUCUUGGUCCAGACCAAAGCAGACCAGCAUCUACAGACUCAAAGUGAGUUGUACUGUGAUGAGACUGAGAUACUUGAUGGGCUUCGGGCACAAUAUACCCAGGAGCUUCAGAUGGCAAAACUGUCUGGACAGCAGAUGUUUCUCAUCAACAGUCUUGACAGGUGUGCAUUUGACUUUGUAGGUUUGGAAAGUGCACUCUCCAGUGACCUCAACACUGUCAGGACAAGUGCUUUUGCAUAUUAUAUAGCAAGAAAAGUAAAGGAACAUAAAUAACAAAAAAACAUAGAAAUGUAAGAUAUGAUGCAGCAUUAAACUGUUUUAAACUGACUUGAUUUCUGUUUCGACUGGUGUGCAAUAUAAUAUAUUAAUAGAAUUAAAUAAUCUUUAAUUGUUUAAUAUACUGUAUAAUUCAGUAUUUUUCUGUCUGUGACUGAUCAGAUGUCUUUGAAACACAAGAAAAGGUACCACAUUUUGCUGCAAUUGCUUUAUUCUAAUUAUUGCAAAAGAAUUGAAGAUAUACAGUUAUAAUUUGGUCUGCAGUAAAAAUAUGUGAACCCGUUGAUCUCGGUACUAUUUUAAUAUACGUUAGUAAUAAUUGUAAUAAAUGCAGAUUCUCUUCACUUCACAGUUAAGACUGUUUCUUGAUUAAUAAAAUGUUUAUAAAAAAUGCACCAUGCUUUGCAUGUUGUGCAGACCAUUAAAAAAGUUUUUAAUGGACUAGAUAAGUUAUUGUAAUGUUUAUGUUCUUGUUUGGUUCCUGUUUUUCCUUAUUUGGUCAUGUUCCUGUGUUUAUUAAUUCCUUUGCUCAUUGUCUAAUAAUUAGUUAACCCUCCUCACCUGUGCUACCCUCAUCAAGUCAUCUUUAUAAGGUCCUUCCUUUGAUCUGUUUGGUUGUCCGUUAUUGUUUGUGUUACAGCCUGUGAAAUACACUGUCAUCUUUGUCUUUGGCUCUUCGUUAAAUAUCUGAAAAGUCAGAUCUAAUCGUCGUCGUGUGCAUUCCCUUUACCAGAGGCGUCAGUUAUACUAUAACAUAAUAUUUAGAUUUUUUUUAGUGGACCUGAAAAUCAUAGAAAUAGUUAUAGUGAAACUAUGUUAAUUAAUUUGUUGGUAGUUUGUUCCAUAUGUACUUUCCAGGUCAACUUUUUGUGUGUCAUAUUGUUAUGGGUAACAGCACAAACAAAUACUUUGCAAGUCAAUGCCAGGUAUCAGUGAUAAGAACUGGACUAAUCUAUUACUCUGUCACACCCAGCUCAACAGCUUAAGGGCAAAUGUGUCAUAAACCUGAUGAAAGGUCCAAAAAUAAACCUGUAAAGAAAUGGUUGGGCUUUUUCCCCUUCCUACUAAGACCUUAUGUAUUCACACACCAAUCUGCUUUCUAAUACUAAACCAAUACUGCUAACAAUUCAUCAGUUUAGCUGCCAAUAUGUCCUACACUUGUGUAAGCAGAAGGUAGCACAAUGAAACAAAAAGUGAUGCUUGGAUGACAAUUAUAUAUUUGUUGAUGGAAAUAAUGACAAGAAAACUUUUUUUUAAUUUUUUUAUUAAAUUCAGACUCUGUCCCUGUUUAUAAUAAACCACACAUUUUCAAUAAUAAAAGAAAACCCCUUCAAGCCUGUAGUAAUACUAGUAAAUCCUGAAAUUUAACACCUGACAUUUAUUAUUGUUUGUUUCAAUGAAUGUAAUUUCAUAAAAAAAUAUGCAUAAAACAAAUUCACUUAAAUUAAAUAGAAUAUAAAGAAAAUAUAUGUUGUUUAGAAGAAGGUCAUAUAAACAGAUUCUGACCCUUGGCCUAAAGCCCAUUGUAAAACAAGUUAAACAUUCAAUGAGGUUAUUACUGCUCAUUUCCACAACUGUAUAAUAAAAUGAGUUGACAGAAUAUUUGCACAAACCAUCAGAUUCCCACAUAUCCUUAAACAGUACAAAGUCACACAUUUCACCCAUUUUGUUGUCUAAAUGCAUAUCAUUCUAAGUAUUCCAUUUAACAUGCACUAUUACAAAAUAUGAAGAACGUAACUGGACAAUAUUCAUUAUAACAUUUCUUUACAAACAUUUUAACUGCAAGUGCAAGUUACCCAAUGCAGACGUAUGGCCAAUAAACUUUUUUGUAUUUUGAUGUUCUGAUAAAAAAUAAAAUUUUGUUAAACGUCU